ACUCGGUCACGAUUUUCGUUCAAAUCGGCGAUAUUCCUGACUUGCGACCUUGCGCCACAUUACAACGACUGCCGCCAGGCGGACAUGUACGGGUCGUGGAGUGGUCGUUGAGCGCCAUCGGCCGCUUUUCAAUAUGGCUGUAGCAGUACGGAAAGAGUGCACGUUGUGACGUUGUAGACGUCUUGAAAGUUCGACCUCUAGUAAUACUCACACGAAAAUGUUAAUCGAUUAACACAUGAUCAAAUACUUGGUCUCAAUUUAUUUCACAUAGAUUUCUGCCUAGCUUUUUGUAUUCUAGGUGUUACCAAGAUUUGUAAGCAUGAAUGAAUUCAACGAUUAUGAUAUGGAAAACUUAUGUGGUGUCAUCAAGAAAGAGUUCGAACUUGGCUGCUCUGGACAAGAUGUUGAGUCCUUGACACCUCCAAUUGAAACUACAAGUAGAGGGCAAAGUAAUCUCAAGAGGAGCGCAUUAAUAAAGCCUCAUGACGGUGGGUGGUGGGAAGACUCUGGGUCCCUAGGCCUACUUCCUUCUUACAAGUCAAAUAGCAGCAAGGAUAGAUUCCGGAGCUAUGAGAGGUUGAAUUACGAGUCUCCAAACCAAUUAAUUGCCAAUUCAGUUGCAGCUCAUGAUAACCACAUGGCAAAAAUUAUGCAAGUGCAAUUGUCUGAAAGUGAGGAAAAGAUAGAACGGAAAAAAGUGAAAUCUCCCAGAACCAUUAUGAAACUGAUGGCAAAGCACAGAGACUCUGAGAGGUUGAGACAUCAUGAUCUGAAUGCCAUCCUUAAGAAACUGGUAAACAGAGUUCCAGGAAAGUUGAGGCUCAGAGAAACUCGGGUACAAGAACUUCAGAAAAUCAUUCGCUAUUGCACAUUUCUAGAGCAAAAGGUGCAUGAGUUGGCUACUGAGUUGGAUGUUCCAAUGAACAUGCACCUUCCUUUCCUGACAGCAGAACAUGAAGAGGAUGGUAUGCUUGUUUCUCCAAUAAAGCCUAGGAGAAUGAGAAGCAAACCAAAAUUACGUGUGUCUAAAAAGUCACUGAAAGCACGUAGGGUGACCAUGCCCUCUCAUAUCAUCGAUCCCACUACUGGAAUACCAAUGCAGCUUACCUCCAUAGAGCAAGUGACGAUGAAACCGACGACCAAAUCUAAAAUUGUAGAGACGAAUUCCACUUCUCAUAUAGAUGUUGCUACUGGUGGUUUGUUGGACCAAGAAACAAAAGGUAUUGGUUAUCAACCGAGCAUCACAAGUUCAAGAACUAUGCAUGCGGGUGGUACUGGUGGAGAUGCUCACCAAAAGUACAUGAUCUUGCAAGGCAGCAACAAUGAUGGAGUUCUCACCUUCGUUCCCGUGAGCGAAGCCAGCGUCCCAGCUCGCCGUGACGCAGACAUGGCCGAUACCAGCACUCCCAACUAUAAUAACAUAGUUACCCUGACCAACCUACUCACCCCAGAUGGCAUCAAGAGAACAUUGAGCAAAUUGCCAACAUCCAAGUGUGCCAGUGGCCAGCCUGCAUGUGAAAGUGCUGGUGGAGGUAUGAAGAUGAACAGUGAGAGCUUUGGCACCACUGAAGAGGAGCUUGCUGUCUCUUACAUGCUGGCAUCUGAACUUGAUCAUAGUGAUGGAGGCCAAGAGCUGUUCACCGACAUGCAUGGCAACAACCAGGAGGUAUACACUAGGAGUCACCACUUGCCGGACUUACCCGAAGCUUUAGAUUUGUCAUUGAAUUCACCUUUGUCCAAGAACAAGAUACUAGUGGGAACCAAGACAUCAAGAACUGAGCCUGGUGACAUUGAAGGUAAUAGAGGAAGUGUCAUGUGGUCUCAACCAGCAUUGACAGGCCAUUUUAAUGCUCUCCCAGCAGAUGAUGCAGAUCAAGAUGCACGGGAUAUUUCUGAUGGUGUCCAAUGCGAGGACUCUGUGCUGUUUCCUUCCUCGUCACUCCUCUUCACUGGUGAUGUACCUGUCCCAGGGCGGAGGCGGAUGAGAACAAGAAAGCAGGGACAGCCACAGAAACUCUCACAGAAAUUCAAAAAGAAUCGUUCCCAAGUGCUAUCUUCUCACUCUGUAAAAUAUCCUGCAAGGCAUCUCUCUUCAAAAACGCAUGUCACUUCUGUGAAAACUCCUGUGAGCGCAAACACAACUCUGACAUCUUGCUUGAUGUGUACUCCAUCUCCUAGUGUCAGUGCUACAGUAGCAUCUACCAAGCCAGUAAAUCACCCACAACGGUAUACGCCUCAGAAAGUCGAGUGCAAGCAAAGGAGCCGCUUGGUGUUUUCCCCAUCCAUUCAUUGUAGGGAUAAAUCCAUGAUGGAAGUAGGUGGUGUAAAGAAAGUCCGACCAACUAAGUCUGCUGUGGUACAUGUCAUGGGUAAUGCAAAGGAGGAUGUGGAAAACUGCCAGUUACAGUCUUCCCAUAGAGAAGGUUUUUUGGUGAAAGUAGGAGGAAUGGAAGAAUACAAACGAAUGCCUCUCACUACCAUGAAUACUGCCGUGAGAAAGGAAACUAGCCUCAGCACAGUUGAACCUAUUUUGUAUGAGGCUCGUAUUGCCACAAAAUCUGAAGCUGUAGAAGAUGUUUUAAAGCCUGAUGUUACUAGUGCUGAUCAUGCUUACUGCAUGAACGGAGGCACCAUCAAUAGUGAAAAUGACAGUGGUGCAGCAUGUCUGAUGAAAGCAGAUUCUGACGUGAUUUCAGGAUCUUUGCAGAAAGAGCAAGAAGGUAUUACACGGUGCAGUGUGUCAUCAAACUGUGUUAGUAACCAGGUUACAGUUGGGCAACAUGGACAGAAUUCUUCCAGACUGGAUUACAGGAAGGAAACCUGGAUGAAUGGCUUCAUGUAUUUUUCAAAGUGUAAUAGAAAACUCUUUGAAAGAAAGACUGGGAACUGCCAGCGCAUGAGCAACGUCACUAAGCAUUUGGCUCAAGCUUGGAGAGCUAUGAAUCCUGACCAGAAGCGUCCGUAUGAACUGGGAGCAGAAGCGUAUUUUAGAAAGUGACGAUGUCAGCCACAGAUGGCGCCCGAGGACCUACAUGAGCUGAUUGACUUGUUCUUUUUCACAAGUGUGCGUGGCACACACCAAUCUAUAUAUAAUUUUAUAUAUUAUAUAUAAAUCAGUGGCGGCACACAGAGUUUUCCAUUUGUAUAUUGACCUGGAUAGGGUAGAUGAUUUAAAUAUUAAAAAAAUAAACUAAGAAACAGUUUAAAGUUUUCUGAUUAUAAUGAAUUUAUUUCAAUUAAAUUACAAUUUUGAAAAUGCAACUUCAAGGGAAUGAUGUUUAACACGUUGAGGUUAUUUGUUACUCAAAUUGGGCAAUAAAUAUGUUUUAAUAAUAAUCUACUCGUUUAAUUGUUUUAAUAGAUGAGAUGAGAAUUAUAUUUAGUUUCUUUUGUAAUUGUGAAAAAAAUUAUGUUGACUUUCAAACAAUACCCAGAUCAAUAUCAAUUAUUUCAU